UCCGCCCGCCCGCCCGGCCCGGCCCGAGCAUGUCCGCCUCGGCCUCGGGCGGCGGCCCCGGGCCCGGCCCCCAGCACAGCCAGAGCCAGAGCCGGGCCAUCCCCACCCGCACCGUGCCCAUCAGCGACGCCGCGCAGCUACCUCACGACUACUGCACCACGCCCGGGGGGACGCUCUUCUCCACCACGCCGGGGGGAACCCGAAUCAUCUAUGACCGAAAAUUCCUGUUGGAUCGUCGAAAUUCUCCCAUGGCUCAAACUCCACCGUGCCACCUCCCUAAUAUUCCAGGAGUCACCAGUCCUGGCACCUUGAUUGAAGACCCCAAAGUGGAAGUGAACAAUCUGAACAAUCACGACAGGAAAUCUGCUGUAGGGGAUGAUGCUCAGUUUGAGAUGGACAUCUGAUCAGUCUCCAGAUGACAGGAGAAGCAGCAGCUCCGAUACCUGCGUGUACCUGAAUUGACCAAUAGGAUUGAGAACUGAAAAGACAGAAGAGGCAGUAGCAGCAUCCUCCAUUGCAGUCCCUGCCUCAUCCUGCAGGUGCCAAAGGAUCAGAAGACUAGCUCCCGUUCGUUGACUUCUCUCCUCUGCUCCAGUUUCCCUUAGCCCAGUCUGACUGAAUCAAGGCCCCUUGAAUAUUCCUGAACAGGCAAAAGCCUGCAGAGGAAGGGAGCUGAACCUUCACUCUCCUGGUCAUCUUUCCGUCAAGGUGGAGAGCUCCCUUCCGUCCCAAGCUAGAUGUCAGUUACCAGCUAUUACAGAGCUGGGGAGGGAGAUAGAUGUAGGUCUGUUGGAUUCAACAUCAUCCAUUUUCCUUCCCCUUUGGCCUUCUGUCCCUUGUGUAUUUCAUUUAUGAAUAGUCAGAAGGCAGGUUGCUUGCAUUUUGACUUUCAGAGCUGUCAAGGGUAGGAGGGGAAAUGAGUUGCUAGUUACCUUGACCUUGGGUGCCCCUCAAGGCAGGAGCUCGCUCUCAAAUGCUUCUCUGAAACCUGGGUUCUGACUUCCUGUCCUCUAAUGCUCCAUUGCCUAGCCCCCGUCCCUUCCCUCUACCUUCUUUCCUUUGGGGAGGUAUGUCCUCUGUGCAGGACACACCCCCAACCCGCUAUCCUUUCCCUUUACCUACCCGUUUGAACGAAACUUUUUUAAACUUUGUAUUAGAGGGAGCCAUUAGUACACAGCUACUGUGCCUCCUCUCUUAUUCCUCUCCCUUGAAAUUCCUGUUUGCAGAAACUAAUUUCCCUUGUUUUUCUCAAAUGUCUCAGUGACUCCAUCAGCACCCAGAGCAGGUCUGCACCAAGGUAAAGGGUCAGCAUUGGCAUCUGCUUUGUGGAUGGUUUACGUUGUUGCUCCUUCUUUGAUUUUAGAUUUAAACUUGAAAAAUGACCUCUUCCCAGUUGGCUUGGGAUGCAUUUGGAGACCUAGUCUCAAUAGUCAACUUCUGUCUCAGGUUGGCAAACAAGCUUUCCAUCCUCUCUGUUGCCCUGGUUUCAGUCUCCUGUUCUACGAAUGAGUGGGGAGUAGAGUUUGAGACUGAUGUGAGAACUGACCCAGACUUUCUCCUGGCAUAGUUCUGCCCUCUGUGGCUGACUAAUGUAGAAUUGGAGAUAAACAUGGGCUUAGUUUCACCCUUGCUGUCUUUCUCUCCCAGCCUUCCCACUGUACCCUGUUGUUUCCCUGUAUUUUCUCGUUUCUCUGCCAGUCUGUUUUGCAGCCUGACGUCAGAGGUACCUUACUUGAUCUGAGUCAGUAUCUGAUAACAUCUGACACUCCUAGCUUAGGAGUGAACCUUUAUUUUUAAGAUGACUACAGACUUAUUUUCUAGAAACGUUUUCAGUCAAAUUCUGGACAGCAACUUUUUCAUUAAACAUUUUCCAGUGUCAGGAAGGUGAAACGUUUCUGUGGAAGAGGCUUGCUGUUCUCAUGCCUCAUUUAAUACUUUUUUUUUCUUAAUUGAAUACUCUGGAUACCUUCCAUAAGAGCUUUAUAGUGAAGGUUAUUUGAUAAUUCUGUCCCUGAUACAGGCCUAUUGGCAGUUGGGACAUAACCUGCUGGGAGGUCACCUUGGGCUAGGUAAACUUCCAUCCAGAGUUCUUUUGAGAGAAGCAUGUCCGGAAUCCCAAGAGGUUACCAUUGAAGGGGGUUAGAUGUAGAGAUUUCCCAGUCUCAUUGUACUGACGAAGUGCCUCUGUGUAGCUUGGGGUUUCUAUUAUUGAUUCUAGUUUGAUACGGCCAUGGCUCCUUGGCUCUUGAGAGAGCUGAGGCUCUGGGGAGUGACCUUGUUGGGUGAUAUGUGCGUUUCUGGGCUCACGAGGAGCCUUGAAGGGCAGAGCGCCUUGGGGAGAUCAGUGUCCGCUUCGAACUCAUGGUCUGCAGGGUUGGCCUGACCUUCUGGAAUGUCUGCUGGCUGAGAGGAGCCUUCUCUGAUAUAUUCAUCAAGACUGGCUGGACUCAGGGAAGUUCCUUCCUCAUUGCCUGUUGCUUGGAGGGUGAAUUGGCUUUCAAGGGGUAUGGGGGUAAGAGAAUGAAUAUCUGUGGAUGGUAUAAUUUGAUAGAAGUCACUUCGGGGUCAAAUGUCUUGGCACUUGAAGGCUUUAGUAAUUGGAGUUCUAGUUUGGGACAGAGUAUUCUGUCUCUAAGUAAGUCAGUGUUUUGCUGGGGCAGAGAUGGACUUUUUUCUUGUUCUCCUGUCAGUCUUGGGGCUAACUGCAGUUUGAGUUACUUGAGGAAUUCUUGCUUAGCCUUCACUACCUCCUCUUGUUGAUUUUUACUAAUUGCAUUCUUCUGCUGAUGGAACUCCGCAAAGAUCUCUUCUUCUUUCUCUAGCCCAAGGCUUUUAACUUCUAACGUUUCUUGGCCUGCUUUCAGCCUCAUGGGCUGAUUCUCGAAGGGCUUGGUACCUCUCAUCAAGGUUCACCCUUAUAAGUGUGCUUCUGUGAGCAGAAGUAACACCUAUUUGCAAUAACUGACAAUUGUUCCAACUGAUUAACCCCCCAUGAGAUUCGAGUCUAGCAUAGGGGGCAUAAAUCCUAUGUUUUGAGAUCUCCUUUACUGCACGUCUAAGACUAUCAAGUCCACUUUGAAGACUCCUGCCUCAGGCCAAGGGGUGAAGCUCAGCUUCAGGCUUUGUAUGGGCAGGACCUGACCCAGAACAGUUUUUACAAUGAGUCAUCCGGCAAAGCGUGCUUGGGCUGCUGACGUGGCAAUGAUUGAGUCUGACGCAUCGUGCCUAGUCGGUUGAUGGAGUCCUUGGUGUAUGGUAACAAACUCGAGAAGAAAACUUUGCUGCGUUAUUGUGAAGAUAAUUUGCGUAGUAGCAAUUGAGACACUGGUUUGUGGGAACUCUGGUAGGCCUUGUUUGGAGUGAACCCGGAUUUGGCAUAAGACCUUUUCAAUGCAGCCUCGUUCCCCUACUGCCAGUUUUGGGAGGAAGAGACUACAGAAUGAAAUGAAAGGACCAAUUCUUCCUCCAUUUAAUUCCCCUUGUGGAACUGCUUGUUGUAGUAGGGGACUUAGAUUACUUGCCUCAAGGAACUUACCCAGGCCAGCAGUGUCAUCCCCACCGAGUUGAUGAACUCCGUAUCCAUGCUGUGAGGGAUACUGUGCCACUGGGCUGUCUUGGUACUUCUCCAUAUCGUCUUCAAAAUAGUAAUAAAUUAAUAGGGUCAGUAAACAGUGAUCUAGAUGGCCUUCUAGGUUGACUCCUGCUUCUGUCACAUCGAUGACCCUGCUAAAUAUAGUAACGUAAAAAAUCAGUUUCCUUGCCCUAGCAUAUUUGGUCUGAGUGUUCAGUCCAGCCCCUCAGGUGAGUCAUGCAACAGAUCCAUAAUCGCAGGGCGGAUUCCGAUGUAGAUUUCGAUGCUUGUCUUAAGCCUUUUGAUGAAACCUAUUUGAAUCUUACUCUUCCUCCCCAAUACUUUUGAGGUAUAGUUUUGUUCUUUUCCCCAUGACUGUGUGUGCAUGUUUAGGGUUUUGUAGUGGGUAAUUCUGUAUAACCAGACCGUUCUGUCUUGUGCUAAAGCCUUCUUCAUCUUUCCCUCUUUCUUUUCUUCAUUGGCUCUAAACAAACAGUUGGUUCCCCUUUGGAUCUCUGAUUACUACCUGUUGCUGUCCCUGCCCAUCCUUCCACAGGACUUGGCUUGUGUGAUUGAGUUGCUGGUGGCUCCUUAGCAUCUGGGUGAAAGUCACCAGCCUGUGCAGCUUUCUAAAAAGCUGUUUGUUUUUGUUCUGAGCUGUGAAAAGACCCUGAUGGUGAAUAUGUUUUCACAUGAGGCAGAAGAAUUUCUUAGGAACUUGAUUCGGUUUCUACUACAAAAUGUGAAUAGUUAAAGGAACAGAGUGUUUCUCAGGAAUAAGCUACAUCUUUAGUGUUUAGGGAAUGUUUGCGUGUAAAAAUUUGGGGAUGAGAAAAGUAGCCAUACCAAAAAAAAAAAUUCUAUCCCUGAGUUAUUUCUAAUUAAACUCUUACGAAGUGUGGCUUUCCAUGUUCUUAAAAAACUUUAAAUUGCAUGCAUAGCAGGCCCUGCUGGGAUCGCUGGUGCAAGAGAGAGCUUGGUCCAAUUCAGAAAUUGGCAUAAAGUGGUCUACUACCAGGCAGUGAAUCUCUUGAUGGGUUUGAGCUUCGUUGUUAACAUGGGAAAAUGUGAUAACUUCAUUGAACAAAAAAUAUGGAUUAGAAACUCAAUUUUGAAACAAUGAGUCAUUGUAGUAAUUUGUUUUCUCUUGAGGGGAAGAUUGCAGCCAAAUCCCCUUCCCUCUUUUAAACCCUCUCACCCUCACCUCUGAGACGGAAAGUCUCCCCAAAGCCAUGUAAAGUUGUAAGAAGUGCUCUUCUGAUGCUGAUCCCAAGAGGUUUUCUGAUCUCCCUGUCAUUAACUGUUUUUAAUUAAACAAAGCCAGGACACCAACUUGAAUACCUAACUGCAGCCAAGAAGAUCAGUAUUCUGAGAGAGAGAGAGAGAGAGAGAGAGAGAGAGAGAGAGAGAGAGAGAGAGUGAGAGUGAGUGUGUAUGUCUGUGUGUUUGUGUCUGUGUGUCUGUGUGUGUCUGUGUUGGGAGGGGAGGGGUGUUGGGAUGCUAUGGGCUGAUUCUCUUCCUGGACGUUCCUUGAGUGUGUGUUCUUAAGGCAGUGUUUAAGAAACAUGCAGGGAGAGGGCCCUUUUGGUCUAGAUGACCCUUAAUUUGCAUUUUCCUUUCUGUGCCUCUGAGACAACCCAUCUUUCUUGCUGUGGUCUUCUCCUUGCCAGUUCUGGCAGCAACAUCUUCAGGGUCAAGAAUCAAAUUCCUUCCAGAUCUGCUUCACUGGAUCCAGAAUGUAAUUUUAAUGUUCUCAUUCAUUGAGUAGAUGAUCCAGAUGCUGAAGACUACUGGGAUUUAGUGAAAUGGCCCUUCCAGGGAUCUGUUGCCGAACACCUUGGUUUUUUUUUUUUCAUCCCAUAAAGAAUGAAAUUAAGAUUUAAAUCAAUGAGCUUACUUAUUUAUGAUUUAUUGCUGCUGAACGUGAUUGACUCUUCCAAAAGCCAAACCAGGAGGGAAGAGAGUUCUGAAGUCUUGGAACUGAGUCUCUUCCCCAUGGACUGACUGGUGUUGAACAUGUUGAAUGAAUGCGUGGGUGAGUAAGAGGGGGCCACCCCUCUAAGUAGGAGGCAGGUCUGUAUUUCUACCUGACCCUCAGCGAUCCCAGACCUUUUUGGCCCAAUCCUAGUCAUAGAGGCUAACGUUUUUCUCCUCAUUAUCCCAAAUGCCAGGUUUUCAUUUCUGAUGACUAGAUUAAAGUCUUCUCUUGACCUUUAGAAAGUCGCUUCACUUCUCUUGGCCUCAGUUUCCUUGUCUGUGAAAGAAGGAGCUAGACCAGAUGUCUCUAACGUCCGGUUCGGUUCUGGAUCUCUGACCAUGACUCAGGAGUGCCAGGUCAAGGGACGAGGAGCUGCAGUAGGACUAAUUGGAUUGAGGGAGCAGUGCAGGGUCAAACCAGAAUCAUGAAGCAGUGACCCCAGUGGGGAGACGUGAUGUGAUUAACAGAGGUCAGGAUCUGAGCACGAGCAGACAUGGCAAACAAGAAGCCAGGUCAGAAACAUAGAAGAUCGUUUGGUUUGCCAAGUCCAGGCAGGAAUAUCAGAAAUUAGAAUGAGCAGAGGUAGAGGAAGGACCCUGCUAGGAUGUAGAUUGAAACAGGGUAGCAUUUGGGGCAUAAAGCUCUAUCAGCUGAGAAGAGAGGAGAGGCCCAAAGUACUUGGCUAGACCUGAAGACCGCUUCCACCUUACCCUGGUUUUUCAGUGAAGACACUGACAUUGUUUUGAUAGAUGUGUGUUUUUAAAGUGAGACCAGCCUCUUUGCCUAGGUUGAACUCUCUAAAGUACUUGCUUUUCUCAGCAGACGUUUUCCCCCCCAUAGGUGUUAGAGGUUCCUGCAUUAAAAAAUGCAGUCUUUUAUAUGUUUGAGUGUCAGCAUUUAUCUAAUGACUGAAGAGCUUGAGCAGGUGUUCCAUGAUUUCUGAUUAUUCCUUUUCUUCACUUCUUCAUCGUCAGUAAUCUGGCAUCUUCUGCCCUUUAAUGGUGUCAAAUCCAUUGUGCCUAGCGGCCCCUUACUGUUGUAUCGGCGCUUUGAAAGAGGGUCCUUUCGUUGGGCCUGGGCUUAAGUCCCCUCUGUGUCCCCAGCAUUGCAGUUGUGCUGAAUCAGCGUUUACUUUGGUGAUUGAAGCCAUGGCUGCUGCAGAGUCACCUGGUUUCUGUCAUCCAGAGUCGUCGGUUGGCCAUUCAUCCAAUCAGAUAUUUAUUUAUUGAAUGUCUGCUUAUUUCUGUGCAAAGAGUUCCACUCAUUUUAAGUUCCCAGGUGCUUCAGGUAUUGGUGUCUUUGUGACUAUUUAGAUGGGAAUCCUUUCUCAAGUUCCACCUCUUUUCUUCCCUAGUUGGAUACUCAACUGUUAGAGCGGUUGCUUUGGGGUUCCUUAUUCUUAAACCCUUUGUUGGCAUUUUGCCUUGUGCUCUUAACCACAGAAAUGGUAGCGUAGGGCCGCACCUUGCAAGGAGAGAAGUCUGUCUCCUGUUGCCGGUAUUGGCCAGCAGAGGGCAGUGUCUUACCCCCCAGUGCAGAGUUGGAAUGAGAGCUUCCCCUACCUUUGGCAAUCUUUCCACAGAGUAAAGCAGAGCCCUUCCCCUGCUCUCUUCUCCCUGGUUCAGAGCUUUCCCCACUUUGCACUUCUCUGGACCAUAGGUCUGUGGACAGUUGGCGGGCUCUUUAUUAAUCUGCGUAACCCAAUCACAUUUAUAGAGGAGGUAGAAGGGAUUCAUUUGAAAUGAGGGCUUCAUUCUUAGGAAUCUGUUUGGAUUCUGGACUUUGAGGGGCUUUGACCAUCCCUAUAACUUGUAGCUUUUCAUUUUCCCUAAAUGAAGAUGGGCUUGGAGCCAAGAAAAGGCGGGCCCCAGUUCCCAGGGACCUAAGUCUUGUCACUGUUUUGCUCAUGGUUUUUAUUUCGAAAUUGAAGUUUUUUUGACAUUAGACUGGAGGCCAAGUCAAAAUUGGAUUUUUUUCCCCAAAAAACUAUAAGGAUUUGGUUGGUACAUAUUUAUUUUCCCAUUUAUCCCUCUGGGGAAUAUGAACUGCUUCCUAUGGGCUGGUCCUGGAAGUUGAUCCCUUUUGUUAAAGCUCAGAUACAGGAAAGGUCUUUGGUUCUCAUGUUAAUCUUGCUGCGCUUUCCUUUCCUUAAAUGCUGCAGACCCGGCAGACUGCAUCUUAUGUCUGGGAUGCCAGAAUGGAAAACAGGUGGCUUUGGGGAAUGUGACUGAGAUGAAACAAGUUCCCUAAGGCGUUUAAACUCUUACUCUACUCCCUGUCUAAUGAUUGGAGCAGGUGGAGAGAUGCUUGGAAGCUUGAUAAUCAUCUGUCCAAAUGGGGUUCUUGAAAGGGAAGUCUCCUCUUCAGUGUUAGAGAGUAUUGGUUCUUGAAACUGAAGUUACUUAAUAUCCCAGGCUUGUAAGACUUCAUGAAUCAAGCAAGUGUGGCAUGCCCAUUCUAGCCCCCACAUUCCUUCCCUACUCUUUAGUCCUGAUCUUAAAAACAAAACAAACCCACCUGUGCCAAGGGUAAUUUACUUGAAACUAUGGGACAAGCCCCAUUCUAUAUAUAGGCUAGAGAUCAGAUUAGAUGAGGAGGAUGAAUGGUCCAUCUCACUUACUAACUUCCCCAUGUCUGUGCUAGUAUCACCGGGCAUUGGUGGUCCAGUGCCUUUCUUUCACCUCAAGAUGGAAUCCAUCUAUUUUCUACCUUGGUGAAGCCGCCCUCUUCCUGAGGGAGGUGAGGUAGGCCUUGAAGGUGUCUUGAAGAACCCAAAGGACACUUGCAUGUUGGGUGUCCAUUUUAAGCUUCUUUUUAAUAAUCUUUUAUAAAGAAAAUGCUCAUUCCCCUUGCCCAGUCCACGUUGAUCCCUUGUUCUCUUAACCCUUUCUUUUCAGUGCCAUUCUGAAUGAAAAAGCUGUGGCUAGUCAGAAAUUGUGCUGAGACCACCUCCCCUGCCCCUGGCCACCUCCUUACCCACUCUUCUUUCCCACUCCCUUCCUUUCCAUUAUCAUUCUGGAUGGAAAUCAGAGGCUGCCAGCCAGGGCCUUUAGGCACUUCUGUAUAAUUCCAUGGGUGUUUUGUGGGUUUUUUCUUUUGUUUUUGCUUUGGUUUUUAUUUUAAUUGUUUUUCAAAACCAACAGGUAUUUGGAAACAUAGGAAGACUCUCACCAAUGGUUUCUGUUAGUUAGAUCAAUAAAGAUCUUGACUAAAAA